AUAUUAAUCAAUCAUUCAUCAAACAAACUUCAACCAUCACGGCAUCCACGUUGACUAUCGUGCGCCAGACUGCACAAUAUACUCUACCCUCGGACACAAAGCAGCUGUAGCAUCCUAGCUCUACUCCUUCUGUACUCCACUCUUACUGCAAUUGCUUUCGCAGGUCGUUCUCUCUGUGAUUAUCAAUUGUAACUGCGAGUCUGCGCGAGCUCGUCACUAACCUUAACCUACUAGUCUUCACUGCAGAGUCUCGGCACAUAAAGGCCAUUCAUUUUCACAGAUCGAUGGAGGUCUGUAGAUUCUUCUACUGUUCUUCAAUGGCGGUUCUGUUAAUCUCAGGAUUAAUGUUUCCGGCGAUGGUUGCUUCACUUGGGAUCAACUAUGGACAAAUCGGAAACAAUCUGCCGACGCCGGAGACUGUUGUGCAUCUCGUGAAGGCGAUCGGAGCAACAAAGAUCAAGCUCUACGACACGAAUCCACGAAUACUAAAAGCAUUUGCAAAUACUGGAGUGGAGUUCAUCGUUAUGCUUCCGAACGAGUGCUUGUCGGACAUGAGAGACCCCAAGGAAGCUCAAAAUUGGGUGAAGCAGAAUGUUCAGGCCUACCUUCCGGCAACUAAAAUCACUUGCAUUUCCGUUGGAAACGAAAUACUCACCUACAACGACACCUCCCUCUCCAAUCACCUCAUUCCGGCGAUGCAGAGCAUGCAAUCGGCGGUCGUGACUCUUGGACUAGACAAGCAGGUCACAAUCACCACGACCCACUCAUUGGCCGUCCUGGAGACCUCAUAUCCACCGUCUGCCGGAGCAUUCCGGCGAGAUCUGGUCGCUUGCUUCACUAAAAUCCUGGACUUCCACGUCAAAACAGGGUCUCCGUUUUUAAUCAAUGCGUACCCUUACUUCGCGUACAAGAACAAUCCAAAGCAAGUCUCGCUCGAUUUCGUCCUCUUUCAGCCAAAUCAAGGAGUUCUCGAUCCGACCUCGAACCUUCGCUACGACAACAUGCUUUUCGCCCAAAUCGACGCCGUUUAUUCUGCACUCGCUUCGUUAGGGUACAAGAAUCUCACCGUUCACAUAUCGGAGACGGGAUGGCCGUCGAAAGGAGACGGAGACGAAGCCGGAGCGACACCUGAGUAUGCGAAAAAGUACAACGGUAAUCUACUCAAAGUAAUCUCUCAGAAGAAGGGCACUCCGAUGAAGCCUAAUUAUGAUUUGAACAUCUACGUUUUUGCCCUGUUUAACGAGAACAUGAAGCCCGGACCGACGUCGGAGAGGAAUUACGGUUUGUUUAAGCCUGACGGGACUCCGGUUUAUAACCUCGGAAUCAGCACGGCCAACGUUAUAAGUACUAACACCAGUGCCGGUGGUGGAGUUAAUGUCAAUUCGAGCACCCCACAGCCGCCGAAUGGUUAUUUGUCCAUUACUUCGGACGCGGAGAGACGUGGACCUAUGACAUCUUUGUUCUUCUGGGUAAGCUGGACCUUGUGCCUUGUUUGCUUGUCCUUUCGGCUUGUUUUGUCUGAUUUGAGAAUCCUCAUGAUCUAAGAGAGCUACUAGCUACUGUUAGAAUCCAGCCGUUAAAAGCAGUGGGGAGGAGAUACUUGGAGAGAAUAAAGGGGGGCUUGUUUUGGUAUCUUGAUUUCUAAGGAGUUAAGUAAUAGAUCAGAGACUUGUAGUGCAUUUUUAUGGUAGGUUAAUUAUUGAAUUCCUGUUGUUUUGUAUCUACUCCCCAUUGUUGUGAGCUGUGAAGAAUGCUAGUGUACAAUGAGAGAUGAAUUCUAUCAACAUUUCAGGGUUCCUUACAAGGAUCCUGAUAUUCAAUGAGCAUUGGAAUGAUCUUAUC